AUGAAGCAUCAACUCAAAGUUUCUGUUGCUCUUAUUAUUAGCUUGCUAUGGUUUCCGCAAUCAUUUUGUGCAAAUGAACCUUCUGAUACUGGUCUAAAAAAGUGGGAAUGUAGAUGUUCUUUCCAAGCGAACCAAAGAUACUCUAUUGCAAAUUGUUCCAAGUCAUGUGAUUGCCAUUCAGAAAGUGCAUCCAUAUGGACAUGUAUAUGUGAUACAAAUGGGCUUCCUGAAGUGGCAACAGAUAGCCAUAAUCUUAAUUGCUUUAUUGCCUGCAACUGCAUCUCGGGAACUGCUAAGAUGUCAUUAGGCUCAAAGACACGCAUUUCAAGCAAAAUUGUAAUAAUCAUUCUAGUAAUGUCUAUUACGUGCACAACUAUUGCAUUUCUUGCCUUAUUUGUAUGCUAUAUUCGUCGAAGGAAGAGGCCUCAUCCUAUUGAAUCACCAAUGAACUCAUCAUCAGAUAAGGGAACAAGUUAUAGUAAUACUAGCAAUUUCAUUAGUCGGAAAACUUCUUUUGUGCCAGAAACAAAAGGCGUUAUGAAUUCUCCGAUUAGUCAUAUUACAAGAUGCUUUCGAAAAGCGUCUAUUUUGCUUGGGAGUCAAAGAGAAACAUUUCAUGGAAAUAUUGUUCAAUUCUCAUUUGCUGAACUGGAAAAUGCCACUGAAAACUUUUCAGCUUCCAAUCUUAUUGGAUUAGGUGGAAGUAGUUAUGUAUACCGUGGUCGACUGAAAAACGGUAGUAAUGUGGCAGUUAAGCGACUUAAAGUUCAAGGAGGACCUGAAGCAGACACCGAGUUUUUCACAGAGAUUGAACUAUUGUCUAGACUUCAUCAUUGUCAUCUGGUGCCAUUGAUUGGAUACUGCUCAGAAUUAAAAGGAAAAAGUGUUCAGAGAUUACUAGUGUUUGACUACAUGAGUAAUGGAAAUUUGAGGGACCGUUUAGAUGGAGUUCUCGGAAAAAAUAUGGAUUGGUCUACCCGUGUUACAAUUGCAUUAGGAGCUGCAAGGGGCUUGGAGUAUCUUCACGAGGCAGCUGCUCCGAGAAUUCUCCACAGAGAUGUCAAAUCAACAAACAUUCUUCUUGAUAAAAACUGGCAAGCAAAAAUAACUGAUCUUGGUCUGGCUAAAGACUUGAGAUCUGAUGACCUCCGUAGUUGUUCAGAUUCUUCGGAAAGAAUGAAAGGGACAUUUGGCUAUUUUGCACCUGAGUAUGCAAUUGUCGGGAGAGCCUCUAUUGAGUCUGAUGUCUUCAGUUUUGGCGUGGUUCUUCUUGAACUUAUCACUGGUCGCCAACCAAUCCUUAGAUCUGCAGGCAAAGAAGAAAGCCUUGUCGUCUGGGCUACUCCUCGCAUACGAGAUAGUAGACGAGUAAUGACAGAGUUGGCUGAUCCACAAUUGAAAGGAAACUUCCCAGAAGAUGAAGUGCAUAUAAUGGCAAACCUAGCAAAGGAAUGCUUACUGUUGGAUCCUGAUAAUAGACCAACUAUGAGUGAAGUUGUUCUAAUUCUAUCAAGUAUUUCCCGAACCAGAUCUAGAAGAAGAAGAUACAUUCAAUUGUGCCUUUUUCAGGAACCAGAGGAGGCAGAGAAAACAAGACAAGCUUCAUGGAGAAGAUUUCCACCUCAUAAUUCAUUGCCACGGGGUUUGGACUACAACCUCCGUGUUGAAAACGAAGAUAAAAAUGUAGAUACAAUUUCAACCGAGUAUAUGAAGAGUUUGAUCCUCUCGACUUCAAAAGGUGAAAGUUGGCAUGCAUCAGAAGAAGACAUGGUAGACCUAUCGGAGCCUCGGUUGGAAUCAUUUUGCAUGACAAACAUCAAUUUCCCUUGA